UUGUGUAUAAAACAUCUGUAAAAUUGUUAUAACAAUAUUCUAACAAAAUUGUUUUCUUUGAGCCUAGACAAAAUAAUAAACCAUAAAAAAUGAGAGAUUAUCCUUUGAUAAACAAAGAUUGGAAAAAGUUUAGAAGAGGGAAAAGGGUGUACAAGUUAAUCGGCAAGUCUAGAAGGAAGAGGCUAGCUUGGCUUGAAAUCGAACGGAAGAAAUGGAUGAACACAGAUGCAAUCUAUGAUAACAAGAUUCAAUGGAUCAGGAAAAAACAGAAAAAAGUACCAUUGGACGAGAUAGAACGGCGGAAAAAAAACAAACUAGGUCUGCCCCAUAGCUUGAAAGAUUCCUUAGAAGGGACUGUUGUAAAAGAUUGGGAGAUGAUACAAACUGAGCCCUUCAAGCCUGAGAAACUUACAGUGUUAGAACAGAAACAAAUAAAGAGAGACAUGAUCUUCAAAUGGUUGGCAGAGUCUAAAAGAAAGCGUGAAUUUGGUCAACAAGAAUCAUCAAAGGAAGAAGAUCUUGAAUCUGCUUAUAGAAAAAGGCAAUUUGAUUUACUGGCCAGAGCAGCUGAGGAACAUGAACAAAAGCGGGCAAAGAGGAUUAAAGCUGAGAACAAGUUUGUCACCAAGGUCCUUAAAAACAUGGGCGCGUACAUUUGUGAAAUGAGGCGAAAGGCAGGCGAGACCACGUACAGCAGGUAUCUCCGUCUACUCUCGACGCAUAAGUCCACUCUUGUCGAUGAUGUCAAGGUGUAUCAUACUGGCAGCAAGUACAAAGGCCAGUUCUCACCGUUGGGUAUGGACGGCUCAGGUGUUUACCGACUUGCACAUGGCCCUCUUUACGAAGGUUUUACAAUAGAUGGAAAAUUUGAAGGAUUCGGCCGUAUGAUUUACCCAAACGGUGGUAUUUUGCAAGGUACAUGGUCGAAUGGGGUCAUCUGCGACCCUCACUACGUAUUCGCCGACGGGCUACAGUUCGAAAUCAGCGACUGGCGCUACUGCCAAAUGCCGGACAGAAGGUUCCAGACUGAGAUACUGAACGGGUUGAAGGCGCCUCUGAAUGUCCAGCUGGCGAACGACCACCCGGCUCGCGAGAUCCCCCUCAACUGCCUCGACGCCGGUGAGGGCUUCUACAACCCGAGAAAGCACUACAUUUUCCACGCGACAAAAGGCGACGUCAUCAGAAUACCGAGCAAAAAGGAGGGGGCUUGGAUCAAAGAGCACUGUAGGAAAGCGUGGGACGAGAACGUACCCUUCAAACGGGAGAUGUACGAAAAUUGGUUCCAAGGUACCAAAUUCUACCUGGAAGAUGACGAAACCUUCAACAAGGAUUGGUACAACAAAAUGUUUCCGGAUGUCAAGGUUUGCGACGCAGAUUUGGACGAGGUCGUGCUGGCCCGGGCUGGUGCCCUUCGGCAGUCGGUGGUCUACUCUUCCAGGCCCCACGAAAUGGACUAUCCGAGCAAGAUCACCGAGGCGUUGCCUUUCUACGACGCAAACAAAAGAUCCUCAUAAAGUCUAGUUCCUGGAUGGCCAGUAUUAAAUCUGAUGUUAAAAUA